AUGGAGGAGCCCGCGGCGUCCGGGGCCGGGAGCCCGCCUGGAAACGGCAACGGCGGCAAAGGGAAGCAGGCGGCGGCCAAGGGCCAGGAGGCGUUCAGGAGCCAGCGGCGCGAGUCGGAGGGCUCUGUGGACUGCCCCACUCUGGAGUUUGAGUAUGGAGAUGCUGACAGGCACGCAGCAGAGUUGUCAGAGUUGUACAGCUACACCGAGAGCCAGGAAUUCACCACUAACAGGAGGUGCUUUGAAGAAGACUUCAAGACUCAAGUGCAGGCAAAGGAGUGGCUAGAACUAGAGGAAGAUGCCCAGAAGACCUAUGUGAUGGGACUCCUGGACCGGCUGGAGGUGGUCAGCAGGGAGCGGCGGCUGAAGGUGGCUCGGGCUGUGCUCUACCUGGCUCAAGGCACUUUUGGAGAAUGUGACUCAGAAGUCGAUGUGCUGCACUGGUCCAGGUAUAACUGCUUCCUGCUCUAUCAGAUGGGGACCUUCUCAACCUUCUUGGAGCUACUCCACGUGGAAAUCGACAACAGCCAGGCCAGCAGCAGUGCCGUCCGGAAGCCCGCUGUCUCCAUUGCUGACAGCACAGAGCUGCGGGUUCUGCUGAGUGUCAUGUACCUGAUGGUGGAGAACAUCCGGCUGGAGCGCGAGACAGACUCCCGUGCGUGGAGGGCAGCCCGGGAGACCUUCCGCACGGAACUGAGCUUCUCCCUGCACAACCAGGAGCCUUUUGCCCUUCUGCUAUUCUCCAUGGUUACCAAAUUCUGCAGUGGCCUGGCCCCCCACUUCCCCAUCAAGAAGGUCCUGCUUCUGCUGUGGAAAGUGGUCAUGUUUACCCUUGGCGGCUUUGAGCACCUACAGGCUCUCAAAGUACAGAAGCGGGCAGAGCUGGGCCUGCCUCCCCUGGCAGAGGACAGCAUCCAGGUGGUGAGGAGUAUGCGCGCCGCCUCCCCGCCCUCCUACACCCUUGAACUGGGCGAGUCUCAGCUGGCGCCACCACCCUCCAAGCUGCGAGGCCGCCGUGGCUCUCGAAGGCAACUGCUCACCAAGCAGGACAGUCUGGACAUCUAUAACGAAAGGGAUCUCUUCAAGACCGAGGAGCCAGCCGCAGAGGAGGAGGAGGAGCCCGCUGGGGAUGGAGAGCGAGCCCUGGACGGAGAGUUAGACCUGCUAGAGCAAGAUCCUCUGGUGCCGCCACCACCCUCCCAGGCACCCCUCUCUGCAGAGCGAGUGGCCUUUCCCAAGGGCCUACCCUGGGCCCCAAAGGUCAGACAGAAGGACAUUGAGCACUUCCUGGAGACGAGCAGGAACAAGUUCAUCGGAUUCACUCUGGGGCAGGACACAGACACCUUGGUUGGAUUGCCCAGGCCCAUCCACGAGAGUGUGAAGACCCUAAAGCAGCACAAGUAUAUCUCCAUCGCCGAUGUUCAGAUCAAGAAUGAGGAGGAGCUGGAGAAGUGUCCCAUGUCUUUGGGGGAAGAGGUGGUGCCGGAGACCCCGUGUGAGAUCCUCUACCAGGGAAUGCUGUACAGCCUCCCCCAGUACAUGAUUGCCCUCCUGAAGAUCCUGCUGGCUGCAGCCCCCACCUCCAAGGCGAAGACAGACUCCAUCAACAUCCUGGCGGAUGUCCUGCCCGAGGAGAUGCCCGUCACCGUUGUCCAGAGCAUGAAGCUGGGCAUUGACGUGAACAGGCACAAAGAGAUCAUCGUGAAGAGCAUCUCUACCCUGCUCCUGCUCCUCCUCAAACACUUCAAACUAAACCACGUCUACCAGUUUGAAUAUGUCGCACAGCAUUUGGUGUUUGCUAACUGCAUCCCCCUGAUCCUGAAGUUCUUCAAUCAAAAUAUAUUGUCCUACAUUACAGCCAAAAAUAGCAUCUCGGCCCUGGAUUACCCUUGCUGCACCAUCCAGGACCUGCCCGAGCUGACUACUGAGAGUCUGGAGGCCGGAGACAAUAACCAGUUCUGCUGGAGGAACCUCUUUUCCUGCAUCAACCUUCUGAGGCUACUCAAUAAACUGACCAAGUGGAAGCACUCUAGGACCAUGAUGCUGGUGGUGUUUAAAUCUGCUCCAAUCUUAAAACGGGCCCUCAAGGUCAAGCAGGCCAUGCUGCAACUUUAUGUCCUGAAGCUGCUCAAGAUACAGACCAAGUACCUGGGCCGCCAGUGGAGGAAGAGCAACAUGAAAACCAUGUCUGCCAUUUACCAGAAAGUGCGGCACCGCAUGAAUGACGACUGGGCCUAUGGGAACGACAUCGAUGCCAGGCCAUGGGACUUCCAAGCAGAAGAAUGCACGCUGAGGGCCAACAUCGAGGCCUUUAACAGCCGCCGAUACGACAGACCCCAGGACUCGGAGUUCUCCCCUGUGGAUAACUGCUUGCAGAGUGUCCUGGGCCAGAGGCUGGAUCUGCCUGAGGAUUUCCACUAUUCGUAUGAGCUCUGGCUUGAGAGAGAGGUGUUUUCCCAGCCCAUCUGUUGGGAGGAGCUGCUGCAGAAUCACUGA